AGUAGGGAAAGGAGGACGAGUGCACGGCGAAGCUACGAAGCCAGGGUAGACCAGCGCGGAGCUGAGGUUCUUAGCGGCCAGCCGAUCACGGUGCACAAACCGUGGGAGAGAACUAGCUUGGUGAAGUUACGUGGGCUGUGAGACGUGGAUUGUGGGGAGAUUUCAGUGCGCAGCAAUUGGUCAAGCUAGAGUGACUUUCUCCAUUACUGACAGCCAUUCACCUGAACGCUUCCAUGGCGUGCUUAUCAUCUCAGCCGUCGAUCUCUGCGAGAUCCAUGGCUGCAGAAUUCUCCGCCGUCCGAUCAUCCCCGUCGAAUUUACUAACUACCACUGCGUCGUCGAUCUCACCCGUCCAAUCUACUCAGCCGCUGCAAGAUGCCAGAUGCAAAUUGCGAUGCCGAGUCGGCCGCAAUUCGACCCGUGCUGUCCCGUCGAAGCGCCUCUCACUUCGCCGUUUCUCAGUCGAAGGCACGUCCGCUGAAUCGCCGGCCCGAAGACACGUGGCAUCGCACCAUUCGCCGUCGCGAUCCCGCCACGUGUGCAGCUCAUCUCGACACGGCAACGGCGCGAUCGUGCAAGAGGAUGCGGGGGGCGAGAAGGGAGAAGAGGAGAGGGAGAAGGGCAACGCCGGCAAGAGACGGGUUCUGGCCGAGGACGUCAAAACGGCCGCUACUAAUAGUAGCCUUGACACCGCAGAGGUUGCGGCGGGAGCUCCCGCGCUGAGCGCGGCGGAAAGGGAUGCGCGGAUCGAGGAGAUGGGCGGAAUGGCGGUGAUGCAACGCGCGCCAGCGACGGAGCCCGGCCACAAGCGUAGCAGCAGCAGCGCUGCGCAUAUUCUGGACGCGCACACUCUGACUCAAGCUGAGCCCCGUCGGCAAUCGCAGGGUCAUGUGCCACCCUCUGAAAUGAUCGAGACCGCAACCGCCGAUGCGCAUAGUGCGGGCAGCGAGCACGCCGCGGCGGGAGGGUUCGGCGCGCCGCUGUGGGCGGACAUUCGGCGGAAGGUGCCACAUAUGGGGAGCGACGUGCGCGACGGGCUGCACCCCGCCGCCGCUGCGAGCACGAUGUUCCUCUUCUUCGCGUGCCUCACGCCGUGCAUCGCGUUCGGCGGCCUGACAGCCGCGCAGACAGGUGGCGCCAUCGGAGUGGUUGAGACGAUCCUCGGGACUGCGAUAUCCGGCGUGGUCUACGCCUUGUUUUCCGGACAGCCGCUCACGCUGCUGGGCCCCACGGGCCUCGUCGUCGUCUUCACAGGGCUGCUCUACAAGUCCGCAGCCGCGCUCUCGCUGCCCUUCCUGCCCGUGUACGCGUGGGUGAGCGUGUGGUCCGCCGCCUUCCUGCUCGUGCUUUCGCUUACCGGCGCCAGCGACCUGAUUCGUCUGUUCACUCGGUUCACGGACGAGACCUUCUCGCUGCUCAUCUCCCUUGGCUUCAUCGCCGAGCCCUGCAAGAAACUGGCCGCCAAUUUCGCAGCGGCAGCAGCGGCAGCCACGGCAGCCGGGGCAGCAACUGCAAUGACUGCUGCUAGCAGCAGCAGCGCCAUGGGAGGGGGAGGGAUGAUGACCUCUAGCGUGGCUCUGCUCUCCAUGUUUGUGGCCGUCGCCACGUGGCGACUCACCUCCUUCCUCUCCACGUUCCGCGAGUCCCCCUACCUCACCCACCCCCUCCGCGCCCUCCUCUCCGACUUCGCCGCGCCCAUCGCCAUCCUCCUCAUGUCCGCGCUCCCCUCACUCCUCCUCCCCUCCGUGCCCCUCCCCACCCUCUCCGCCCCCGCCCACAUCGUCACCACAAGCGGCCGCCCCUGGCUGGUGCCCAUCCUGGGGUCCCUGCCCCCCUGGGCCAUGCUUCUGUGUGCAGUGCCGGCGGCGCUGCUGACUCUUCUGGUGUUCCUAGACCAGAAUAUCACCACUCGGCUGGUGGAUGCGCCGUCGAAUGGCCUGCGCAAGGGGAGCGGGUACCACCUCGACCUCGCCGUGCUCGCAGUCAUCAUGCUGCUCAGUGCAGCAGUGGGCCUCCCCUGGAUGGUCGCUUCAACCGUCCCCUCCCUCUCGCACGUCCGCUCCCUAGCCUUCACUGAAUCUGCUCCUGCUGCUGCUGCUGCUGCGGCCCCUGCUCUAGCUGCAGCUGCUCUUGCUGCUGCUCCUCCCUCUCCUCCGCAGCAGCGGGUCCGCGAGAACCGGGUGACGGGUGUGGCCAUCCAUGUUUGCAUAGGAGCGUCACUCCUCCUGCUUCCUCUCCUUUCUCAGAUCCCAGUUGCCGUGACCGAGGGUCUUUUCCUCUUUAUGGGUUUCUCCAGUCUGGCCGGCAAUCAGCUCGUUGACAGGCUCAAGCUGGUCGUCACGGACCCCUCGCGCUUCCCUGACUACCCAUUCAUCCGAGGGGUGGCCCGAUCGUCGGUGUAUGGCUUCACAGCGCUGCAGGGUGCAUGCCUGGUGGCGCUCUGGCAGCUCAAGCACAGCAAGCUUGGAAUUUUUUUCCCUCUCCUCAUCCUUGCAUUGAUGCCUAUCCGAAACAUUGUUGCGGGUCGGAUGUUUCCAAGCCCUGACUUGGCUGUCCUCGACGCACACUGAGCUUAUACCAUACCCUCCGCAUGUGCUAUGGCACUAGAGUAUGUGUGAAUUCUCAUGCAUGGUGUAUAAAGGUGAAUGUAACAUUACCGACAGUAGAACAUGCUUGUAAGGAAUUAGUAACUCCUUACCGAGGCUUGCUACAGGGUGUCCAACUCGAACAGUCCCGAAGCAGUGAUAGGGUUCCAGACCUUUCAAUUUGAGCCGCCUGGGCCUUUUCCAGAACUCGCUUUGACAAAUCGAGGCCCUUCGACACCUUUCCAGUAUUGGGCUGAGAAAAGCCCUUAGGAUCUUUUGCAGAGACUAAGUCCCAGCUUGUAGAGACUUGAGACUUGGAGUAGUGC